CUCGCCUUGCUUUUUCUUCUGCUCGGAACUUGCUCGCUGAUUCUCUUCGAAUGACGUAAUUGAUUCUACUUCCCUCUCGCCAUGGUUUAAAGCGUGGGAUUCAGAUCCUUUCGCGAGGGGUUGGGUACCAUCGUUGAGGUCCGUUGAGGUUGAAAAGGGGCGGGUUGAAAGAGGUCGGUGGCAGUACUUGGUAACAGGCGGCGGCCGCGGCAGCUGCGCGAGGGUCCCGCGGCGCGGCGCUCGGCGGUCAGUCGCGUAUUUUUCGGUCUUUUCCUCACGUACGUCUUGCUUGUGUCGCGGUGUCGGCCAGCUGUGUGCUUUUAGAACCGUUAUCGAAGUGAAGAAAAGAGAAAAAAUAAAAAAUGGAAAAAUAUUGGUGAAAAUUCUCAGCAGAGCUGUAUAGUGAUACGGUAGAAUUACUAUCUGAGCAAUUGCUAGAUAUUCCUUUUCCCAUGGAAGCCAUCGAGUUCGCGCUGUGAUAAGACCUGUGUUCAAGUUAUCAUUCAUUUAACGACCUUGGACAGCGUUGCCAAGCCCGGUUAAUCAGGAUUCCCAAAUAUACGUCUGUAUCAGGUGGCUGAAGCGUGAGACACUGUAGAAACGCGGGUGACAUGAAUGUUCUUCACCGGUAGUCAAGCGCCACUUUUGAAAGAGAAGAAGAGGAAAAACGUAGAAGAAGGAGAAGAGGAGGCAAAAGAAAAAGAAGAAGAAGAAAGAAAGCGGAAAAAUUAAGACAGAGUCCUGUACAACGAAUACCCUCCCCGCUGAUCGCCGUUCCCUCGUCUCCUCUGGCGAGUAGCAGCGAGCGGGGGCCCUGCCGUGGCACUCCCCCCGAAUGGUGCCAGGAUGGAAUGGACCCUAGACUUGGUGCCCGACUUGCUCCUCUGGGGCGCCGCGAGUCUGGCCGUGGCGCAAGUGGCACAGGUCGUGGGACUGACACUCUGGUACUUGGCUUUCCCCGCGCUGUGGCUCCUGACGGGCGGGGCGUGGCUCCUGAGGGCCUCGGUGAAGGUGAGCACGCAGGGCAAGGCGGUCCUCGUGACGGGCUGCGAUACGGGCAUCGGGCACGCCCUCGCGCUCAGCCUGCAUGAGAAGGGCUUCCGUGUGUUCGCGGGGUGCCUGCAGGCGGCGGCGGGGGGCGAGGGCGCCGAGGCCCUGCGGCAGAGAGCCUCCGACCGACUCCACGUCCUGCAGCUCGACGUGACAAGGGAGGAGCAGGUCCAAGAAGCUCUCCAACAAAUCAUCGAGAUUUUGCCUAAAGAUGAGGUUUUGUGGGGCGUGGUCAACAACGCGGGCGUGAGCGGCCUCGGCCAGGUGGAGUGGGUGGCGCUGGAGAAGUACCGGGAGGUCGCGGCCGUCAACCUCUUCGGGGUCUUGGCCGUCACCAAGGCCGCCCUCCCUCUGGUCAGGAGGGCGCGGGGUCGCGUGGUGAACAUCUCCAGUGUGACGGGAUGCAUCGGACGCGGCAACAUGUCCCCUUACACGCUCACCAAGUAUGCUGUGGAGGGCCUUAGUGACUGUCUGAGGGAAGAGAUGCAGGCGUGGGGCGUGGGCGUCAGCAUAGUGCAGCCGGGGAACUACUCUGCAGGAACCGAGAUCACGACGCCUGACAUUGUGGCGAAUCAAGGAGCCCGGAUGUGGGAGACGAUGGACGAGGUCGUGAGGGCGGACUACGGCGAGGACUUCUUUAAACUCGUUGUUGGGUUGAUGAAGAAAGCCAGUACGAGCGGGUCGCCGGACCUAACCCCGGUCCUCCAAGCCGUGACCCUCGCCCUGACGCAGCUGUUCCCAAGGGCGAGGUACAGAGCCGUUGACUGCUACUACUUGGUCAAGGUCCUGUGUGCUGUUCACCUGCCGGAGUGGCUCUUCGACCUCGUGUACCAGGGGCGGCCUCCCUCCCUGCGCUGUCGAGGGCGGCUGCUUCAGGGCAAGCCGGAGUAAUCCAUUGUGUAAACUAAUAUUUAUUUAUUUAUUGUUAUUAGUUUGGCACUUCUUGGCUGGUGCCCAAGACGGAGGAAUCCAUUAUAAAGGCGGAAUAAUAAGCUAUUGAUUCAUCAUUAUUUUUGUGUCUUGGUGGUGGUCUUUUCGUAACUUUCCUGUUGUCGGCUGGUACUAAUACGAAAUCGGUGAAACAUUUUUUUUCGACCUUAUAUUUAUCUAUUUUUAUUAUUAUAUUAUCAUUAUCAUAUAUAUAUAUAUAUAUAUAUAUAUUUUUUUUUUUUUUUUUUAUAGUUUUGAUUUUUAAUACAUUUCAAUUUUGAUAAUUUCUACAAGGGUUGGGAAUAUUUUAUUCACUUAUCUAUUUUUCAUUUUUUUCCACUUCCCUAUCAUCAGCCGGAGGUUAAGAACAGGGCGGAGUACUGGUUCGUCUUUUCAUUUUUUUUCUCUUGUCAAUGGCUUUCUGUGAUUAUUUUUUCUUCCAUGUUGUUUUAGCCGCUGAUUAAAAAGCCUGUUGGAAGUGAUAUAUUCGUAUCCAAAUUUUCAUUAUUCUAUGCGAUCGGGUGUAUAUCUAAACUUUUUUUUUUCUGACAGACCAUUUUGACUUUACUGAAGGCCGAAAAUUUUAUCCUAAUGGAUGUAAUUGGUCCAUUAGAUAACCGUUUUAUUUCAAAAGUCUAGGAGUAAAAUUGCGCUUUGGUUAGAUAGAUGCACUUGUUAAAAUCACCGUAGAAAUGCGAUGAAGCCUUGUUAUCUCCUCGGCAUUACCCUUUGUGAUUCUUAGUAUCUGUGCAUAAAAGCUUUCCUGUUAUGCAGGAGUCCGCGCAUAAGAUAGAAAGAUAGAUAGAUAUAUAGAUAGAGAGAGGGGGGAGGGAGGGAGGGAGGGAGGGAGAGGGAGAGAGCGAGAGAAAGAAACAUGCUUACUCCACUAAAAACUGAUUUUCGUCUACCUAAGUACCGAUUAGAUAAUUGUCGUAAACACUGAUUUACCAGUCUAUGCUUGGAAAAAUGGUUUGUAUAAAACAAUAGACUUUCAUAAGUUCUUUCAGUAGCAAAAUCAAAUCGCAAUAUGACAUCGUCCAAGCUAAUAUUUUUCUUCUGGAAUCGGUAAAAUUUGUCCUUGAAUGCAUGCACGAUGCUUCUAAAACGUGCGAGAUACUAUGGCGCCAACAAACCAGGGAACACUUGGAUACACCGCUGCGUGAUUGCUUAUCUACAUGAUAGCUCAAGCUAAGACCAGAGCUGACAUUGUGAAUCCUAUCAUUUUUUAUCUUUCCUGAAAUAGGGAAAAUAUAUCGGGUUGUUAAAAUAUAGAAAGAAAAUUAAAAUAUAUAAAUGUAUAACCAAAGUAUUGUUUUACAAAACUGGAUAGCAAAAACGGUCUGUCACGUCUGUGACAUGAGAGUGAAAUCCCAUACAGGUUAUGAGACUCAUGUCCAACGGGUAAAUAUGCGAUACGAGUCUUGUAGGUGUAUGAAGACCCCCUACUACUUCUUAAAACGUUUUAGUAGAGGGUUAUGACGUUUGGAGGACGUGGUGGUGCCAUAGAAUGCAGUUGUACAGUACAAAAAAAGGAAAACAAAAAGCAAGCGUUGAGGAUCGGAAAAAGGAAAAGGCUAGGCGUGUCCCACCGGAUGGAGCUAGUCAGAAGUCGACGCGAGGGAUUACAUGUCAGUUGGUGACGUAGGAGGAAACACCAUUACGCGGAAAAAAGGUCUAGUAGAAGGCCUGUUAGAAGACGUCAGUUUCGAAAUCCUGUAUUUCAUGUUUAGGGGCUUCGAAUAGCAGGAUUUUCUGCCAGAGCUGUAUGUUGCACACGAGAGGACGGCCUUUUUCGUCGUGACUUUGUUUUGAGUACAACCGUGUGGUAUAUUAAUUCUUUGUUCAUUUUAUGUAAAACAAUAUUAUUUGAACUUGUUUUUAUGUUUUCGAAAUAUGAUUUUGGUUCUUGGGUAUUUAAUCUAAGGUGCAAUCAGUCACGGAAAAGUCUAGAUCAAUAGCAACUCGAGGUGUCAUGGCGUCUGUUUUGAUGAUGGUUCCAUGAAAAUAUGACCAUUAAAAUCAUUACUUUCUAUCCUUUUUGAAAAUUGAAAAGACCAAAAUGAUCGACCAUAUUCACAAUGCAUCCGUAACUUUUGUGACGUCACGUGCUUUUUUCCAAAAAUAGAAUCGGACGCAAUGACACCUCGAGUUGCUCCUGACCUAGCCUUUCCCGUGCAAGUCACUCUGAAAAGGCGGGUCGACUGUUCGAAGCUUCAAGACGGCUCACUCAUUGUCUUCCAAAACAGCAUUCCAGUGAGAUACGAAUCACGACUUGCCUUUGGUUUUGGAAAUGACAAUGCUUUUUAGAAUGAUAGGAAGCUUACAAAUCCAUUCUGAGUUUUAACAUGUCACAAUGAACCUUUUAAGGGUGACUAUACUUUGGUUGUUAUUCAAACGGUCAGGGGUGUAGCACGGAAAGGUCACCUGGGUCCCCCCUCCAAUUUACAAGAUUUUUAAAGAGUUGUUAUUUAUUGCAAAUUGAUUCACCCUUAACAAUAUUUGAUAAAACAUGCAAUUUUAGUAGGGUAUAUCCUUAAUACACUUUUAAAAUCUCACAGAUUGUCAUCAAAACUGAUCAGUUUCCACUGAACCAUCGUCCCUGUUCACGUGUGUUUUGCCAAUGAUUUAAUCAUUACCUCUAUUCAUCAAUAAUUUGAUUAAGGGGGUUAACGUUGAUACAUAUAAAAAGGUAUAAAAGGAUGAAUAACUCCAUAAUAUAAUCAAACAUUUAUCGCACUGUAUUUCAACAUCUUUGGUAAAGAGUAAAUCAUUGAAACCUUGAUAUUUUGUAUCUUGGAAUUAUUCACUCCCACCUCAAGGUUAUCCACACAUCACACAGAAUUCCCAGGCUACACUAGGGCUCAGACCUGUGAUUUUUACCAAUGGUUGUGUAGUGUGUAAACUUUAUUCUUUUCUUUAACCAAUGAACGUUCCUGCUUGCUACCUACUUUGUGUAUAUGUGUAUGCUUAUCAAGUCAUGUAUUUUCUUAUAUUAAAGAGGACUGAUUCA